UCAUCACCAUCCUCAAUGGGAAGGUGGAGGAGGUGGAACUGCCAGUGGAGAAGGUUGACAUCAUCAUCUCAGAGUGGAUGGGCUACUGUCUCUUCUACGAGUCUAUGCUCAAUACGGUCAUCUUUGCCAGGGACAAAUGGCUAAAGCCUGGAGGGCUGAUGUUUCCUGACAGGGCUGCCCUGUAUGUGGUGGCCAUCGAGGACAGGCAGUACAAGGACUUCAAGAUACACUGGUGGGAGAACGUGUAUGGUUUUGACAUGACCUGCAUCCGUAACGUGGCCAUGAGAGAGCCCCUGGUGGACGUGGUGGACCCCAAACAGGUGGUGACCAACUCCUGCCUAGUCAAGGAAGUGGACAUCUACACGGUGAAGCCUGAGGACCUGUCUUUCACCACGGCCUUCUGCCUGCAGAUCCAGAGGAACGACUAUGUCCACGCCAUGGUCACCUACUUCAACAUCGAGUUCACAAAGUGUCAUAAGAAGACUGGCUUCUCUACCGCUCCUGACGCCGCCAGUACCCACUGGAAGCAGACAGUGUUUUACCUGGAGGACUACCUGACUGUGAGGAAGGGAGAGGAGAUACUGGGCAGCAUCGCAGUCAAGCCCAACGAAAAGAACGUGCGGGACCUGGAGUUCACCUUGGAGUUGGACUUUAAAGGACAGCUGUGCGAUGCGGCCAUUUCCCACGACUACAAGAUGCGCUAG